AUGGAUACUCUUGAAGAAGAUCAAGACGUCAAACUGCAGCUGGCAUCCGCUAGUCUGAUUUCAGAUCUUCAUGCAUCCCUACACCCAUUACUUUGGGAGGUCUGUGAUUCCGGGGAGAGGCAGUUACGCAAAUGGAUUCGGAAUAGAGACCUUUCAGAAAUACAUAGCAAGCUUGAUGCAUUUCAGGAAUCACCUCAGCUUCUAGAUCCUCAUCUCGAGCAGUUUGUCUGUUUGUUAGCUGACUCAUUCCUAAUUUGCCUGCAAACACCCCUAAUUCAAAAUUCUUCAAUCUCAACCCAGAAUCUUUUUAUACCGGUUUACAAAGCUAUAUCUCGUCUGCUCUAUAGAUUCUGCAAGGUUAGAGGUGAAAAGAUCAUCGUUCAGCUCUUUAGUACUGAGGUAAGACAUAUUGAGCUACUCCAAUCCGCACUGGAAAAAUGGGCGCCGAAGCGACAAUCUGCUCUUCUAUUUACUGAGGAAGCCAGUCCUAAUGUGAAGGAACUAUGUUGGGAAUGGGAGGAAAUCUAUAUCACCAUGCUAUGGCUUUCUCAACUAUUACUAGUACCAUUUGAUCUGGCUUCUAUAUCAUCUGAUACCACCAGUAUUUCUCAACCUGAUCUUCUAUUGCCUGCUUUGCCGGUUGGAUCUCCUGACCUUGUGACACGAAUUAUCCCACUAGCUAUACAUUAUUUAUCUACACCUGGAAAAGAAAAAGAUGCUGCUAAAUAUCUUCUAGUUCGACUUUCUACGCGUAGGGACAUGCUAGAGAACAGCACCACAUCGACCUUAAUUAACUGGGCUAUUUCACAACUCCGACCCAACUCAAAUUUGAGUGUUCACCAUAUUCUAGGCGUUCUCUCUUUUCUUGCAGGUCUUCUCGCUUCAUCUGUUGGUACUGGUAUUAUGCAAGAUUAUCUACUAUCCUUGUUUGAAGCCUCUCAAGUUAUAUCUAGUUCAGCUACACCUCUUUUAAAAAUGAUCAAUGAUUUAUCGGUUGCUCGAAAACUUAUUCUAAAAAUUUAUUGUCGUAUCGCCCUCAUCUCGUUACAGGAUCAAGAUAAUCUCUCCAACUUUGAACUCGUAGAAGGUGCUAUUGGGCAUAUGCUAGACUCUAUUUCUGAUGCCGCUACACCUGUGAGGCUUGCUACGAGCAAAGCUUUGAGUAUAAUAACUUCAAAACUACCACCUAGUAUGGCUAACGAAGUUGUUGACGAUCUUCUCGCUGCCAUGAAGAAAAAUAUUUUAUGGACAGCACUAAGCGAAUCCCAUGGUCAAAGUCACACUUGUUCAACCCAACUGCUACUUGACUCUACCAAAUUCAGUAAGAUACCAAACGAAAGAAAAGUCGCUUUUCAGAUCAGAGGUUUAUCGAUUAAAACUUCAAAUUAUCGGAAAAUGGACGCUUCACGAGUUAACUCGUUGGAGUGGCAUGGUCUUAUCAUGACCCUAUCACAUCUAAUCUAUCGUCGUUCAAUUCCUCCACACAACCUCAGCCCAGUCUUAGCAGCCUUACAACUUGGACUUACAUUUGAACAGACAUCUACAUCGGGGUCGUCGGUUGGUAUAAAUGUUCGCGACGCUGCUUGUUUUGGUCUAUGGGCCCUUGCAAGACGAUAUACUACAGCUGAGUUGCAGGGCAUCGUGCUAGAAAAGAACCUUGAAACUUUAGAUUCCACAAUCACGACAGUUACUACGUUGCAACAACUAGCAUCGGAACUAGCUACUUCAGCAACCAUAGAUUCCGUUGGUAAUAUUCGUAGAGGCUCGUCUGCUGCACUUCAGGAGUUAGUCGGUAGACAUCCAGAUACUGUCGAAAAAGGGAUUGAUCUCAUACAAGUUAUUGAUUAUCAUUCUAUCGCACUCGGAGCUAGAGCUAUUGGAGAAGUCGCAUUAAAUGCCUCGCUACUCUCUGAUCAUUAUUACACCAAGAUCCUUGAAGGUCUAUUGGGAUGGCGAGGAAUUCGAAAUUCUGUCAUUUCUAUCCGACGAGUUUCCGCCAACACAAUUGGAGAAAUGGUCAGUUUCAAUCAGCUUAAAACCCCUAACUUAGACACUGAAUCAGUCAUGCUUCGCUUUUCCAAUCGUUUAGUACUUGAGAUUUUACGGCUCGACCAAAGAGAAGCCCACGAACGUCAUGGACUAAUUAUAUCAUUUACAGCUCUAAUCAAGCAGUUUCAAAAUAACCUCAACGGCCAAAAAAAUGAUGCUGAGAAUAAUGAAAAUUUAAGUAAUAACUGGGAGUAUUUCCUCCCACAAGUCUCAGAAUCAAAUGAAGAGUGGAAAGAUUUGGUACUUUCAUCUACAGAAAUGAGGCUGCUUAAUUUUGUACAGAUGCUCAUAGGACAUGUUAUGUUGAUAUUACGAGAAAUAACAGCAAACCAGGCUAAAUUUAGAGCACCGAAGUUAACAGCGGAAGCAGUAGGCCAAUUAAUAAGUUCAGGGCUCUUCUUGAUCUUUUUAGAACUAGCUAUUACAAAAUCUGGAAGGCAUCGGGCAGACUUUUCUCUGUCUGCUAUUAAUGAUAGGGUUAAGAAUCCGCUUCAUGAAAAUUGCUUCUUAAAGCUUUCUAGGACGUUUUGUUCGUUGGAAUCUUCCUGCAAAGGAGAUCCUUCGUCUAUUGUUGAGUUGCAUGAAACAAUUUUAGAAGCUUACGAUUUGAAUGUCAGGCCACCAAAUACUUUUAUGCGACUUGUCAAAGAUUUAUUAGAUCGAUUCUUAAGAGAUGCUGAUGAAGAGAUAGUAGAUGUGGUUUCGACGGCAGCUGCAAGUUACGGUCUCUUAUGUGGUCCAGAGAAUGGUUGGUUUCAUAAAUGGCAGGAAAUAGCCUUUGCAAAAAUCGCACCGGAGCGGAAAGGCAACGGAAGGGCGUACAUUCUAACAAUAUUGAAAUUUCCUGUGAAACUAUAUGAAAGUUUUUGCGAAACAAGGGAUGGUAUGAAAGAAAAAUUCCAUUCCGCAAUUUACUCCAGGUGGCAUUCCCGUGAUGAUAUUGACACACGUGUUAUUAUCAUGCGCUAUCUUGCGAGAAGUUUCGUAUUUUUUGAAUCUCCUACCGAUUACAUUGAUUUGAUAAAAGCAGGAUUGGAUGAUUACACGAUAACUUCACAGGGUGAUGUUGGCUCGCUUCUACGCAUCGAAUCAAUUAGAACAGCGGCGACAAUCUGGAAUGAGGAUUUUAUUCGUCAGGACAUGCACUCCAGUAAACAAAUAGAAGAUAUGUUUGAUUCACUAAUGCCUCGAAUUCUUCGUCUUGCAUCUUCAAAACUAGAUCGAUUACGUCUAGAGGCAAAAAAGACAUUGUUACUAAUUUCUAGGUCGGGGAAGGUGCCGAGGUUCUGCGUCUAUAAUCAACUUGAACCUUUAUCCACAUCAUCCAAAGUUUUUUUCCGCUGUUUACUCGAUACCCACUGUUCUUUAUUUCCUCCUCAAAAUUUUCAACACGAGUUUAAUGAACUAAUUGCAGAUAUAGCCGUAUCUGCUGAAACCGCGACUGAAGAAGUUGUUUGUUCUUCGAGAUACGCUCUUGUAGAAUUUUGUCUAGCUAAAGAUAAUGUACUGAAUGAUGUCUUUGAUGAAUCAGCUGUGAAUAAUGAGAGUUUUGUUUUUAAAGCUCUUAUAUUUGCAAUAAAUUCAGGUGUGGAAAGAUUUACUAUCUCAGGAAUUGAAGUCCUUGCGUUCCUCAUUAGUGGAGGAAUUCUCCAUCAACAAGCUUUACUUUACUUUACACCUAUGUCUGAAGCAGUUGAUAAAGUGCUCCAUCAAAGCAAGAUUUUUAAAAAGAUUGUGGCAGGAAUAAAGCUUUUUGGAGCAUUGCUUGAUGUGGAUAGACUAGUCGAUCAGGCUAUAAUGAGAUCUUGGGCAAUCAAUCGUCUCACCUCGAAUUUGAUACAUCGGUAUCCAAAAAUUAGGGCUUUGGCAGUAGAUGAGCUUUUCUUCCGGACGAGUCUCGGUAGAGGGGUUGAUUGGUUACAUGAAAAAAAACUUAACGAUAUGCUCGCCAUACGGCAAUGUUUACUAGAGAAACAUACUGUAGGAUAA